CCGCAGAGAGGUGGGCACGGAAACGAUACGUGACGUAUAUCCCGGAAGUGCUGUGUUUUCCUCCAGAGUUCACUGAUAGAUUCAUUUCUUUAUAAUUAUUAAACAUGUCUAUGCUCCCACCAGCCGCAGUAUUCCGUCUUCCUUGGGAAGUAAACUCAGUGAAGGAAGGAGAAUCAGUGCGGACAUUUGGCAGACUUGUCUCCUAUCAGCCAGAUGAAUCCAGAGCCACCCUGGCAGCCCAGCAUGCUUCCAAAGAGCACCAUGUGUUUGUUCAGACCCAGUUUGUUGAGCCAUUUAACCCAAUAAUUGGAGCCCAAUACCUGGUUCUUGGUGAAACAGAAAAUUAUGAAGGGGUUGGUGUGAUGGUUCGUGCCCGUGUGCUGAACUGUGUUGACGGCGUGAACUCUGCACUUCUGCAGAAGGCCAUCGCAGAGCAACGGAGCUUCUUCACGGAGAGGGAGUCCAAACAGGGGGAGGUUACACACCCAGAGGAUGCAACCUCAUAAAGUUCUUCAUACUCCAACAAUGAAACCAAAAAUCAACUGAGUUGGACAGUAUUAUGCAUCUAGUCCUAGAUGUUUUGGUAUUAAAUAAUGUCUCCAGAAGAUGCGUUGGGUCCAUAUGUUGUUAGAUGUUGUAUUUCUGUCAGUCCCCGAGGUUUUCUGAUAUUUUGUAACAGCUCUUUGAUAACAUUCUGUUUGAUGUAACCUUGUUGUUUCAUAUCUUUUAAACAUAUGACAUGCCAAAGUUUACAUAUAAGUAGCACAUUCACAUACUUAUGUAGAUGACAAUAAACUAGGAAUUAUGGCUGUGAAUUAUUGUCAGCCUUAAAACCCUUAUCUAGUGUAUUAACAAGUUGUGGUUUACCCCUUGAAGAUCUGGGCCCGUAUUAACAAAGAUUCUCACAGAGAGCUCCUAUCUUAGCCUUAAUAUUCCUGGCAAGGGCUCCAUGCUUAAAGUGAUUCAGUUCUCUGCUGAGAGCGGCUCUGAGCGAGGAGACGACAGAAAUACCUGUCUUAGUGAGGAGGUGUGGUUGACCCUGUUGCUAGGUGUGACGCUGUCUUCUAAGAGCUGUGAUUGGUUGUUAAAAGAAACAACAAUGCUCUCCCAGUGAUCAAUAGAUAGAAAUAAACCAAUCAGAAUUUAGACUGGAUUCAGAAAUGUGUAAAUCAUGAAGAUAAAACUUAGCAAGAUUAAAUUAAUUGUUACACAGCAUCAACAUGUUUGAACGUAGCUUAUUUACAUGCUCAUUAUAAUUUUGAUUUGCUUAUAAAUAUGUUUACUCGCCA